UUUUGUUUUGUGCGUUGGAAAACCAAAAUUUGUUAAAUAAUCGUAGCCAUUAGGAGAAUCCUGCAUGUUCGCAGGACCGCAGCAGCAUGGUGUACAUCGACCGCAAUGGUCGCGUAUGCGAGAAGCGUCCCUGGGACUGGCCGCGAAUAGUGGAAUUAUUUUUGAGAAUCUGGUACAUCAUCAAGCAAUUGUUCCUGACGUUCCUGGCCCCCUUCGACGGCAAGAGCAACAAUGAUAACCGUCGUGGUGGAGGAAGCGGUUGGGGAGGCGGUGGAGGAGGCGGCGGCGGCGGCGGAGGAGGAGGAGGUGGCAGUGGUGGGGGCAACGAAGGAUUAAGGCCGAACCGACGAAUUGGCCGCAUUCAGAACUCUAUGUCCUGCAACACCCCUACUGGUGGUGGCGGAUGAGGAUAGUAGCGACAUCCAGUUCCAACUAAUGAACGGAUGUCGCGCAUAUCCCAGGAUGAGUCAGAUUAAGCAGCACCCAUAACAUGACUC